UUAUUUUUUAAUUAAAUUCUGAGUUGUUUUCAAUUUCAAUUCAAAAAAAUUCCAAAUUCCAGAUUCUUCCAAAUCUCUCUGUUUGGUUUUGGCCGAUGAGUUUGUGAAAAUCUCUACAAACGAUUCGCCAUGGCCAAACCAAAAGCUGCGAGACGAACACUCGACUCUUACACUGUCAAGCACAUCAACAAGACCGUCAGAGCUGGGGACUGCGUGCUGAUGCGGCCGUCGGAUUCCGGGAAACCGUCGUACGUGGCGAAAAUCGAGCGGAUCGAGGCGGACAGCCGCGGCUCCAACGUGAAGGUGCACGUGCGCUGGUACUAUCGGCCGGAGGAGUCGAUCGGCGGCCGGCGACAGUUUCACGGCUCCAAGGAGGUGUUUCUCUCCGAUCACCACGACGUUCAGAGCGCCGACACCAUCGAGGCUAAGUGUACGGUGCACACCUUCAAGAGCUAUACCAAGCUCGACGCUGUUGGGAACGACGACUUCUUCUGUCGUUUCGAGUAUAAUUCCUCAACCGGAGCUUUCAAUCCCGACCGUGUCGCUGUGUAUUGCAAGUGUGAGAUGCCUUACAACCCUGAUGACCUUAUGGUUCAGUGUGAAGGUUGUAGUGAUUGGUUUCAUCCUGCUUGUAUAGACAUGAAUGCAGAGGAGGCUAAAAGACUUGACCACUUCUUCUGUGAAGGCUGUUCUUCCGAGGGUCAAAAGAAAUUGCAGAAUUCCCAUACUGCUUCCAAACACCCUGAUACAAAGGUGGAUACAAAACGGCGUCGGAGGUGAUAUUGUAUAUAAAUCAAUCUGAUGAACUAGAGGUUCUCUUGUUCGGAUCUUUGUUAGGGCUUAAGCAAACACGGAGGCAUAUCUGCACCACAAGUUGUGUGUAUUUAUGAGUUAAUGGGAAGACGAAAACCAGCUCGAAAACCUUUAUGGUGUCUAUUUGGUUAGAGGUAUCUCCCCGGUCUCUUUUAAAGGUCGAGGAUGUGUUUGGUUGUGUGUAAUUAUAUGUAAUUUAGAUUCUCUCCCUCACUCUCCCUUUCCCCUAGGAUUGUGAAUAAUCCCAAAGUAUUUUGCCAGUUACCACAGUAGCAAUAGAUAGAGGCUUUUCACGCUAAUCUAUUUCACUUUGGUAUAUAUUGUUUGGGUCCUCUUGCUAGACCUAGAUGCAGCAUUAAGAAGUUGGAUACUAUUUCUGUU